ACCGCCGCAGAGACGCAACCAAAGCGCUGAUUACCGCGGACGCAGCGUUUACGCGCAGCCGACGCGCAAAGUGGAUUUACUAUACACCUGCAUGGAGAAACUCUGAGGCUUUAUUCUUUUUUUUUUCUAUCGUCUUCCUCCGCUGGGAAGCAACUGGUAACUGGAAUGGAACUGAAUCUGUCGAAAAAUGGGAUUUCUUGUGGAGACCCGGGUGGGAUGAAUUUGGACAGAAUCGCAGAGGCCGUGAGAGCACCGCCGCCCCGCGACGCUGCCCCCGCAUUUCAUUUACCGAGAACCUCCAAGAGCAACCGUGAAACUGUAGAGAACUCAAGCAGCGAGUCUUCAGAAACAGAAUUGGCAGAGAAGGAGAGGAGCGCUGAACAAAGGAGCGAUGACGGGAACGCAGAUGAUCCCAAGAAGAAGAAGCAGCGGCGGCAGCGGACUCAUUUCACCAGCCAGCAGCUACAGGAGCUGGAAGCAACUUUUCAGAGGAACCGCUACCCGGACAUGAGCACCAGGGAGGAAAUCGCCGUGUGGACCAACCUGACCGAGGCCAGAGUGCGGGUGUGGUUCAAAAACCGGAGGGCGAAGUGGAGGAAGCGCGAGCGGAACCAGCAGAUGGACCUGUGCAAGAACAGUUACCUGCCGCAGUUCAGCGGCCUCAUGCAGCCGUACGAAGACAUGUACCCUGCCUACACAUACAACAACUGGACCAACAAAGGCCUCACCCCGGCGCCGCUCUCCACCAAGAAUUUCACCUUUUUCAACUCAAUGAGUCCGCUCACCUCGCAGUCCAUGUUCUCCACGCCCAACUCCAUUUCCUCCAUGACUAUGGCAUCCGGAAUGGGCCACUCCGCCGUGCCGGGCAUGCCCACACCGGGCCUCAACAACAUUAGCAACCUGAACGGAAUCAGCACUUCCGGGAUCAACUCUGCUAUGUCAUCGUCCGCUUGUCCGUAUGGGCCUCCCGGCUCUCCGUACAGCGUUUACCGGGACACUUGCAACUCCAGCCUGGCCACCCUCAGACUGAAAUCCAAACAGCACCCAACUUUUGGAUACAGCGGCCUGCAGAGCCCGGGCUCGAGUCUGAACGCGUGUCAGUACAACAGCUGACGGGCCAGCUGUAUUCUUACAAAUAUAAAUAAGUAUAAGUGAUAAACAGACACAUGUCAGAGCUUAUAGGCGACCUGCGGAUUUGGGGGAAAAAAAAUCAAAGACAACUAAAAUGGAUAAGUUGCAAACACCUUUCAAAUAAAAAGGAAAGAAAAAUGUGGAUAAUGCGGGUUUUAUGUGUUUACCAAUGAACUUGCACAUCAAUUGAAAUGUCCAUUUUUGGGGGGAUUUUUUAAAAUGAUGAAGACGUGUUACAUUGCUGCAUUGUAAAUAUAUAAAUGUAAAAAUAUACAGGCUUGUCAUCAAAACAGAUGAUGGGAUGUUUGUUUUUUUCUUUAUGUGCUUGCUUGUAUUGAAAACCGGAAGGGGCGGGGCCUUUAUUUCUCGACUAAAUCAAGAAUUUACUCAAAUUAAAAUGUCGACCAUAUCAUAAAUCAACACUCAGAGUAAAAAAAAAAAAAAAGUCUACCCCAUAUUGUACAUAUUUUAAAGGCUGCUUUUGUGUGCUUACUGUUAUCAGUCUAUGCAGGGGGGCCAGCGGCCCCUUCGCCUCCCUCUGAUUCAGUGACUUUAUCUUGAAAUGUUUCUUGUUUGACAUAGAAAACUCCGCAUGUUUAAUUUGAGUGCAACGUGUUUUGUACAAUAAUGUAAGACUUUAUCCGACUAAGAUGUACACAAAAAGGUGAAUCAAAGUCCUCAUGUGUUUAUGGUAACAUGUUUGUUUGAAUAAACUCCAGGAAAAGAGA